AAUAGCAAACUUUAAUCAGUCACGUUUUAACGUGUAUCUAGUGCGCUUUGAAAGAUAAACGAAUUCUCUGCUGUGCAAUUGCAAAGAGGCACGGAUCAUGAUUGCACUAAACAUAUUGCUUGUUUUGUGCUCGGUCCAUCCCCUCGUUAAUGGGGUGGGUUUUCGCGGAUUCACUUUUCAAGGUUUGGAGGAACCGAGGUCGCUUGAUAAAGAUGCAGACAAGAAUAUAACUGAUGGUUGGAUCACCCAACCCCUCGAUCACUUCAACCAUCGCGACAAUCGUACUUGGUCGAUGCGGUACAAAGAAAAUUCUGCGUUUCUGAAGAAAGAUGGUCCUAUUCUAGUUAUGAUCGGCGGGGAAUGGGAGAUAACGAACGGGUUUCUGCAAACUGGAUUGAUGUACGAAAUCGGCGUGAAACAUCGCGGCUUGAUGUAUUACACCGAACAUCGAUUCUACGGACAGAGCAGGCCAACGAAAGACACUAGCACGGAGAACUUGCAGUACUUGAACGCUGAUCAGGCGCUCGCCGAUCUUGCUUAUUUCAUCGAGACGAAAAAGAAAGAAAAGAACAUGGAAAAGAGUGUCGUAAUAGUGGUCGGUGGUUCUUACGCUGGAAACAUGGCAGCGUGGGCACGUCUCAAGUACCCUCAUCUCAUCCAAGGUGCCUUAGCCAGCAGCGCUCCGAUUCAGGCGAAGGCUGAUUUCUACGAAUACUACGAGGUUGUGACGACAUCGCUUGGCAGACAGAGUGCAAAUUGCGUUGAGGAUGUUAAAACUGCAUUCGCCUCGGUAGAGGAAUUAUUGGCCACGCAAGACGGGCCCGAUAAGCUUAAACUCCUUUUCAACUUGUGCGAUGCGCCCGACGUAAAGUCUCCUAGUGAUCUUGGUUACUUCAUGAAUACGUUGGCGGAGGUGUUCGCCGGAAUCGUUCAAUAUGAUACCGUAGAGAACGGUGAAACAAAAAUUGCGGCGUUGUGUAAUAAAAUGACGGCGGCGCAUUUAGGCAGUCCCCUGCAGAGACUGGCGCACGUCUUCUCGACUCAGGACAAGUGUCAGGAUGUAAGUUACAUUAAUUUCGUGAAGAAAUACCGAGAGACUUCAUGGGAAUCGGCGGCAGCCAAGAGCAUCAUGAGACAAUGGUAUCAUCAGACUUGCAAGGAAUACGGUUACUAUCAGACGACGAGCUCAGAUAAAUCAGUCUUUGGAACGCUGUUCCCGUUAGAUUAUUACAUCAAUCUGUGUAUCGACCUGUAUGGCGACUAUUAUAAUGAAAAGAUAUUAGGUACACGGGUAAGAAGGACGAAUAUAAUGUACGGAGGAAAGCUACCGGAUUUACGAAACGUUAUUUUCACGAACGGCGAUCUCGAUCCGUGGCAUCCGUUGUCGGUGAUUGACGAACUAAACGCUUCUUCACCUGUUAUUUUUAUGAAAGGAGUUUCGCACUGCCGUGACAUGCUUAGCGACGUAGACACGGAUGGGGAUAAUUUGAAGGAAGCCCGAGCGAGAGUUCGUGACAUAAUUGGCAAAUGGAUUUCCUCAUAAAAGUCCCUGUCGAGUUUUUUUUUCGCGAGUAUGUUUGUUGACGAAUUGUCGAAGAGGACGAAUAGAUGGAACGUUUUUUCCUGUUUAUUAAUUGUGAGGCAUUAACAAAAAUAUUAUAUACAACGCUUGAUAUAUGUCCACAGUGCAGUAGAUAAUACACAUCGGUUAUGCUGCAUUCCGUAUUGUUACUUACGUGUAUAUACGUAAUACAAAAAUAAAAUUACAUCCUCAUAAUA